GUUCCGGACUCUGAUUCAUCCAUCUCCAGCGCAGUCAGUGCGUUAUUCGUCUCGAAGGCUCCGAUGGCGGCUCCAACAAUACCGGAAGAACAGCUUCUGGAGCUCCUGCUCACUUUGAAGAGAACGACUGCUGCUGAGGCGAAAGCCAUAUUGAACCAGCAACCCCAAAUCGCGUAUGCACUUAUGACCGUAAUGGUCAAUAUCAACGCGGUGAAAAUGGAAGUUGUCCAGGAAAUUCUUGCGAAGUAUGGUGCUCUUCCCGGCGCACCUAGAGCUCCACAAGCCACCGCGCCUCCAGCAAUCCCUUCACAACCUCCUUCAGCCAUACCCCCACACAUGCAAGCCCAAAUCCCUCCUCCACGCGGCGCAACACCCACAUACCCAGUUCACGCUGCUGUUCCACCAGGAGGCUAUCCUCCGCAGAGCUACCCUGGUGGCCCACCUGCACCUCCCGCAGCGCCCAAUCGUGGAUACGGGACACCUCCCCCAAACCAAGUCCCUGGCUUUGGCACCGCUCCUCCUCCUGUCCCUCACCCGCCUGCUGCACCUGCGCCUGCUGCCCCGCAACUGCCCGAUGCUCUCACAGGGCUCCCCGACGACCAGAAGGCGCUCAUUAUGAGGGUCAUCGCCAUGACGAGGGAGGAGGUGUACGCGAUGCCGCCUGCAGACCGGGAGAACAUCAUCAAACUGCGCACGACCUUGGGCCUGCCUUCAUGA